AACAACUUUCCAUGAUUUUAAUUCCGAGGCUCCAAUCGGCCCCGGUUCGGACGAACCUAAAAUUAUACUAGUAUGUCGAGGCAAUGGUUUUCACCACUGUUUUUUUUUUUUUUUUUACUUUGUAUUAACAGCUCUUCCGAAGAAGGGAGAUAUGAUAUCACUAACCCCCAUUCUCUGUAUCUGGGUUAACCUGAUAAGCUUGAUCCAUGGAGGAUAAAGUUUAUCAAACUCAAACAUUGUCUGCAGAUAAACAAAUCGUUGAUUAAAUAUAUAUCAUCAUUCAUGCGGUGAACGUUGUGAAUACCAGGGCGCUGAUAUUUGCCUUUUUGCAAGGAUUCGUUCACAGUUUGUGAUCUGAUUAUUUGCUAGUGUAAGCUGAAAAGGCGCCGGUCCCGAACCGGUAACUAAGACCAGAUCCCAAUUCACAGAGAGGCUGAUUAUAAAUUACCAAGAUGCAGACGACAUUAAUUACAACCGUUCUGGCAAUUUUCUACCUCGGAGUUUCAGCAGAACCCGAGUUUCUCUACAAACAGUUCAGAGACCCUGAACGAGAUGUGUUCCAUUAUGGAAAGUUCCCGUCAGACUUUGCAUGGGGAGUUGCUACGGCGUCGUACCAGAUUGAAGGUGCCUGGAACGAGGACGGCAAGGGUCCUAGUGUUUGGGAUACAUUCGCUCAUACCCCUGGAAAGACCCACUUGAACCAGACAGGAGAUGUGACUUGCAAUAGUUACCACAAAAUCGAAGAAGACGUAAAAAACCUUCAGGAACUAGGCGUCAACCACUACAGGUUCUCGCUGUCGUGGUCUCGGAUCAUGCCAAAGGGAACACCAGAUGUGAUCAAUCCAGCAGGCGUCAAGUACUACCACGACCUUAUUGAUGCUCUUCUUGCUGCCAAUAUCCAACCAAUGGUGACACUCUUUCACUGGGAUCUGCCGCAGCCAUUGAUGGACAUCGGUGGCUGGGAGAAUGAACUCAUGCAUGCGAUAUUCGUUGCCUACGCCGAUUUUUGCUUCCAAGAGUUCGGAGGUAAAGUUACAAAAUGGAUAACUUUCAACGAACCCACUGUAUUUACUGUCUUUGGAUACGAGAUUGGGUACCAUGCUCCUGGUAUGACGCACCUUGGGUGGGGUGCUUACCGUGCUGGUCAUGUCGUUUUAAAAGCUCACGCAACCGCAUACCACUUAUACGAUAAAAAAUAUAGACCACUUCAACAUGGAAUUGUUGGUAUUACUCUUCACUCCCGUUGGUACGAGCCGAAGUCCGACUCAGAAGCUGAUCGCGAGGCAGCAAAGCGAGCUAUAACUGGAGAGCUUGGUUGGUUUGCUCACCCUGUCUUCUUAACUGGUGACUAUCCCGAAGUUGCAAAGAAACUGAUAGCCGAUAAAAGCCGAGCGGUUGGCCUGACGUCAUCUCGAUUCCCAGAGUUUACCGAAGAAGAAAAAUUGAUGCUAAAAGGUUCAGCGGAUUUCUUUGGAUUGAACCAUUACUCGACGAGUUACAUUGAACAUAAGGCGGAUACGUCUCUUAUCCCCAACAUCAUGGCUGACCUUGACUACAAAGCAACUGAGGAUGAUUCGUGGGACAGGACCGGUUCUUGGUGGUUAAGACCGGUUCCAUGGGGUUUGAGGAAGAAUCUGAAUUGGAUCAAAGACACUUAUGGUGACAUUCCAGUUUACAUCACAGAGAAUGGCAUGUCAGAGAAUGAUGGGCCCAUGCGACUUGAUGAUAUGGACAGAGUUACUUAUUAUAGAGCCUACAUCAACGAAAUAUUGAAAGCCCAGCAGAUUGAUGGCGUUAAUUUAAAGGGCUACAUCGCCUGGACAUUGAUGGAUAAUUUUGAAUGGGCGGAAGGCUACAACGAGCGAUUCGGCCUCUUCCAUGUGGACUUUGAAGACCCUCAAAAACCAAGGAGACCUCGUGCAUCCGCCAAAGCUUUUGCUGAAAUCAUUAAAAACAACGGCUUCCUCAAGCCAAACGAGAAAUCAGAAUUAUAACGUUUGAGCGUCGAUUCCACAAAUGAUAUAUAAUACUAAAUAAUAGAAGCAAUCGCAUAUUACAACGUAAAAUUAAAACUAACCGAUAUGGAAAGUCAUUCGUUCCUACUGCAAUUAGAUUUUAUGAUGUUUUAGUGUAAUAAUUAUUUUUAACCUACCAUUUUAAACUGAUUUUAACUGAGGAAUUCUGUGUUUAUAUUUGUCUAUUUUUGUUUUUAACAUGUUGUACGGUUAAGGCCAAAUGAGUUUCCCCAUUGUGGGAUAAUAAAAUUUUAUUGAGUUUAAUUGAAUUGAAAUAAAUAUAAUAUUGAAUUUA